AUGGCAUCUGCCGCCAAGUCUACCCCGCCUGAUCAAGGCCAGCAUGAUCUGCCUGAGUUUCCUGGAGGUGGCAAGGAAGCUGCCAGCCGAAUUCAGGUGCAUCUGGGAGAACACAACAUUGAGGUCCUUGAGGGUAAUGAGCAGUUCAUUAAUGCGGCCAAGAUCAUCCGCCACCCCAAUUACAAUUCAGGCACCUAUGCUAAUGACAUCUUGCUGAUUAAACUGAGCUCUGCAGCUAGCAUCAACUCUCGUGUGGCCACAGUCUCUCUGCCAAGGUCUGUGGCUGCCGUCGGCACCCAAUGCCUCAUCUCCGCCUGGGGCAACACCCUAAGCAGUGGCAAUAAGUGGCCCUGGAACUAUACUGUCCUGUCAAACUACCCAGACCUCUUGCAGUGUCUGAACGCCCCCAUCCUCUCUGACAGUGUCUGCCGCAGUGCCUACCCAGGCAAGAUCACCAGCAACAUGAUUUGUCUGGGCUUCCUGGAGGGUGGCAAGGACUCUUGCCAGGGUGACUCUGGCGGCCCCAUAGUCUGCAAUGGAACACUUCAGGGCAUCGUCUCCUGGGGCUACGGCUGUGCUCUGGAAGGCAAACCCGGCGUCUACACCAAGGUCUACAACUACCUGAGCUGGAUUCAGCAGACCAUCGCUGCCAACUAG